AUGGAACCUACCGCCCGACGCGUCGCUAUUGUAACUGGUGCUGCGCAAGGUAUUGGCCUCGGCAUCGCUCGACGGCUUGCAAAGGACGGACUGGACUUGGCGCUUUUCGACCUACCCCAGUGCGAGAGCAUGCUCGAAGACGCUGCGUCCGCUAUUCGCAGUGAACAUGGGGCUCGGGUCGUAUGCGUCGUUGGAGACGUAUCCGUAGAGGAAGACGUUGAGCGGCUUGUCGACGCUGCCUCGAAGAAUUUCGGUGGGCUCGAUGUUAUGAUCGCAAAUGCUGGAAUACACAUUACAGGGACGCUGCACGAACUCUCCGUAGACCAAUUCGACAAGGUCAUGGCCGUCAACGUCAGAGGCGUCUUCCUCUGCUACAAGCACGCGGCAAAGCGGCUGAUAGAGCAAGGGCGGGGAGGUCGCAUCAUCGGCGCGACGUCGAUCGUAGGGAAAAGAGGCACGGUCCUUCCCCAUAGCGUCCGCACCCAGGCCGCCUACUGUGCGAGCAAGUUCGCCGUCAGGGGCUUGACCCAGUGCGCGGCGUUGGAGUACGGCGAGUACGGCAUCACCGUCAACGCGUACGCACCCGGGGGCAUCCAGACACCGCUGAUGGCCACGGCGGGCGAAGAGUACACCGCGCGGACCGGUCAACCUUGGGAGACGUUUGUAGCGCAGUUCAAGGGCGCCGUAGGCCGGUUCGGCGAGCCGGAGGACGUUGCGAAAGUGGUCUCGUUCCUGGUGUCGGACGACGCCUCCUUCGUCACCGGUCAAUCAUUCAACGUGGACGGCGGCCUACAGUUCGAUUGA